AUGCUUAAGGCUGGGCUGGAUGAAUCCAAAGCUGGAAUCAAUAUUUCUGGAAGAAAUAUCAACAACCUCAGAUACGCGGAUGAUACUACUCUCAUGGCUGAAAGUGAGGAAGAACUAAAGGACCUGUUGAGGAGGGUAAAAGAAGAGAGUGCAAAAGCUGGCUUGCUGCUUAACGUUAAAAAGACUAAGAUCAUGGCAAACAACAAUCUCAGUUUCUGGCAAAUAGAUGGGGAAGAAGUGGAGGCAGUGACAGAUUUUAUUUUCCUGGGAUCCAAGAUCUCUUCAGAUGGUGACUAUAGUCAUGAAAUUAAAAGAUGUUUGUUUCUGGAGAAGAAAGCUAUGGCAAGCUUGGACAAGCUGGUAAAAACUAAAGAUAUUACACUAUCAACAAAGGUCUGCAUAGUCAGUACUACAGUAUUCCCAGUAGUAACAUACGGAUGAGAGAGCUGGACUAGAAUUGUAGAAUUGAUACCUUUGAACUGUGGUGUUGGUGAAAACUGCUUAGAAUCCCUUGGAUUGCAAGAAGAUCCAAUACAUCUGUACUACAGGAAAUCAAGACAAACUGUUCACUGGAAGCUAUGAUCAUGAGGCUGAAGCUCAAAUAUUUUGGCCAUAUAAUGAGAAGGCAGGAUUCUUUAGAGAAGACUCUGAUGCUGGGAAAGAUGGAAGGCACAUGAAAAAGGGGACGACAGAGACGGAGAUGGAUAGAUGAAGUCACUGAAGCCUCAAACAUGAAGUUGUUGGAGCUCAGAGGGGCAGUGACUGACAGAUGUACCUGGCAUGCUAUGGUCCAUAUGGUCACAGAGAGUCGGACACGACUGAACGACUAAACAACAACAACAAUGCCAAAGUGCCUUUCACAAACAUGAGAAAUGUAUAGUUGUGAUAACAUUGACAAUGUUAACCCUGAGCUUUUCCUCUCGGCUGAGAUAAACUUCAACCGAUAACCGUCACCUUAGCACAGUGAAGCCGAUUAGGUACUUUAAUGAGCCCUAAGCUUUUCAACCCUCCUACGCCUCACAUAAUACUCUUAUAGUAACAACCGGCACUCCAGCAACUACAUAUCUCAUACAAUCUUUUUAAAUGACCAUCUGCAGUCCCUAGAAACAUUAGCUACGCUCUACAGUAACUGAACCCAAAGCCGGCUCUCAGCGUGUCCCCACCAGUUUUAGUAAUAGACCAUCAUAUAAAUAAAACCCUCUGCUCAUAGGCCUCAUACGCAGGAUGUCAUGAAUAUGUCAGGAUUACAAGUUGAUCCAGCACGCAGAACUGUGUCACAUCUAGGACUAUGGAUAACGUAUAACUGGACCUUAGAAUGGCUGGACUUAACAUAUCUAAGAAUAGUCAAAAUACUUGCCGAGGUCAGGAACACAGAAUCAGACACAACGAUGAGGGAAAGCCAAACGUCAAGGAUACCAGAAUUCAGGGAAGUCAAAACGAAGCCAAAGUCAAAUAUCAGAAAAUAAAGAUCAGGAACACACUCUCGGAUUACCAUUAGGAUGAAACCACGACAGGCCAAUGAGCAAAAGGAGAACUGGGCCUAAAUAUCGAUCAUCCGAUUGGCUAUAACCGGCUUUUGACCCCAAAAGCAAUUAUCAGGUUUCCAUGUGCAUGAUUGCUGCUCAGCGCAAAUCCUCCUUUGGAUUUGAUUGGUCAUGACCGGCCUUUGACCCAAAAGUAAUUACCAGGUUUCCAUGUGCAUGAUUGCUGCUCGGCACAGCUUUUCCUAUCAGGACGGUAAUGUUGCUCAGCACAACUUUUCCUGUCAGGACAGUAAAUGCCAUUAACCACAUUUGUAUGUGCGGGUGAAUACGUGACAGAAUGUUAACUACGUUUUUCUUUACUAUUGUUGCUUUAAAACUGCUGUAUGUCCUAAACUUUAUGCGCUUGCCCUCUCAUACCCUGAGUGGAGCAAAAAUAAAGAAUUAUUAAAAAAAAAAAGCCUGCUACAACAUACAAGCAACAACCUGAAGCAGAAAAUCCUCCAGUUAAGAUGCAAUCUGUUUUGCUGUGAUCUUCUCUGGCUACUAGUAGACUCCACCCAAUUAAAUCACCUACAGGACUCCAGAAAAAUAACAGAGUUAUAUCCUAAGUUCAUUGCUUAUAUUGCAUGCAUCAAACCCUUUUUUAACUCUUCUUCCUCAUAUCUAUGGCUAAAUAACUUUAAUUGUUCCUCCAAAAGGGAGCCAGGCGCUAAAUCUGUCUGGCUGGUUCUCAACUUCUACAAACAUUUAUCAACUUUGUCAAAUUCAAAUAUUGUUUCAAAACAAAUUGAUUAUGUUGAUUAUUAUUAUUGAUUAUGUUUUUAAGAUAGGUCUUGUUUGCCUGUUAAAAAAAAAAAAAAUGUGCAAGCUUUAUAUUUAUUUUAUUUCCCUGGGAUCAAUACAAUCUAGUUUUAAAGGAUUAUGUAGCAUUAAAAUAUGAGCUAUAUUUAUCACAACGUAAUAAAAACCAGGUAUACUGUGAAAUUUAAGCUCACCAGCAUUAUUUUUAAAGCCAACUUAAAUCAUCUUUUUUUUUCUAGAAGACAGUUUAACCAUCUGAUAAUACGUUGUCAUUAAUCUGCAUGCUUUAUAUUGUAGUAUGUCAGCAAAAACAUUCAAAAUAAAACAUUAACUAAAACUUAGUGUGAGCUGUGCAGGAAAUAGGAGUAUGUAUUGCUGUGGGAAAAAAAGUAAUUUUUGUUAUAUGUAAUGCAAGUAUAGUUUGUGCCGUCAAAUAUAAAAUAUACAAUACAUUUAAAUUAUGCCAUAGUUUUGGGAUUAAAAAAAUCCUUAACUAUUUCCCAAAGACUAAAAAUAAAAUGUAUGCACGAUUAAUUAUCUGCAGCUACUGAUAGUCCACAUAUGUAGUACAAUUUAAUUGCCUUUUAUUUAAUACUUUUUUUUUCUUCCGUGACCCUGUAGAUAGAGGUUUGAGAAUGUAAAAGUGCUUGUACUCAAUCAUUUACAAAUUGCAGUUUGUGAAAGACUGCAUCCGUAACUCGUGAACAUCCUGACCCCUUGUGGUACUUUCUGGAAACCGCUUACAUUAUCGCUUACAUUAUCAUUUACAUAUCCUUUAUUUUGGAACAUACAGCUUGAAACAACCAUCUUGUGUUCUAAAAUGCAACAAAAACUAGAAUGUUAGAGGUUUAUUCCGUUAUCUUUCAUAUAUAUAGGCAUGUUUCAUCAACAUUUCAAGCCUUCGUCCAGUUUGAUAUGUUAUUUUAUAUGACGCUGUGCCAUACUUUGAAAAACUGAUAUGACUUGGCUGAGUAUGUAAGUUUUAAUAUUCCCAUAAUGCAAAUUAGGAAGUGAGGAGUGGAAGGUACUUUUUGUAUAUAAUAAGAACAUCUGUCAUCUGUGCUAACUUGUACUUUUUCUUUUUAUUUAAACGAGUUCCCACACUACCUAUACAGCAUAAUAACCAUGCUUUUAACAGUCCCUAGAAGUGAAUGUUCUUCAGCAAAUUACUGUAUCCGCUACCGCAAGGACGUUGGUCACUAGAAAACCUCAACUCUUUUACAAAAACUUUCUCUUUACCUCUAUGACUAAUGGUGAUCUAUAUUUAUGUUUGUGUAUGUCAAAGGUAAAGCGUUGUAUCAAAGUUGAAUCAUUUGCAUCAAUAGGGCAGAGUCACAAAACAGUGAAUAAUGCUGGAAAGAUGCCCUAUAGUUUGCAUUUUGAAAACGCAGUUCAAUAUUUAGUGAAUAAACAUACAAAAUACAAUUGAGCAAUUACUGUUUAUUAAAAUCAUACUUUCCAUAACUUAUACUAUUUUUCUUGUCUGUGUUUAUUUUACAGGAUAUUAAUGAGUGUAUUCUCAAAAACUAUGCAGAAUGUUCCAACCCCAGAUUAUUCUACAUCAUUCCAUAUUUUUGUGGACAGCAUCCAAAGUGCAGGUGAAUUUAAAUACAUUUCUAUCCUUACCACAAAUCGUGGGUUGUUGAUCAGGCCCUUUCCCCACAGAUGAUAUUGGAGUUAUAGCCCAAAAAGAUACAUGGAGCCAGACUUUGACAACACUGUUACCUGUUCCAAACCAUGAUUGACACACAACUUACCUACUGAAUGCAGUGGGUACAGCAUACCACACGUGGAGAAGGUGCUGUUUAUAUUGUUAUUUUGAGUUUAUGUCUUAUGGCUGAACUCAAAUGGUCGUAGUCAUUAUAUAAAACAGAGAGGUUUCAUCAAGGAAAAAACCACUGGCAAUGAUUUUCACAACUUUGUGGAGUAUUCAAUCCUUUUAGUGCAGUCGGUUAAUAUACAUACACACUAAAGACUUGUGAUUAGCUUAUUUAUGAAUUGGAUAAAGCUAUUAGUGCACGGUAACAGAAGCCACGUCGAUACCUCCAUUCAUAAAACUGUGUAUUACAUUAUCAGUAAGUUUAUAGAAGCCCUGGUUUAUGUGCUAUCAGCUUGGGCAGCAGAUUCUAGUAGGAGAUUAUGGAAUAAGCUCAGGUUUGUUUUAAAUGAUAUAAAAGGAUAAAAUUCCUAAAUUAAUUGGGAUCAUCAUUGUCAUCAGCUGAAAUCAGCAUUGUUUUAUGAAACAUAGAUCUUGUUAAACCAACUUAACUGCAUUCUAUGAAGAAGUUUGUAGAAGUAUAGAUCAGGGUGUUGCAGAGGAUGUGAUCUCUUUUGAUUUAUGAAAGAGGCUAGUGUUCAAAUUAAAAGAAAUUGGUCUAGAUGGAAAUUAUUUUCUUGAGUAGAACAUUGGCUUAAAGACACAGUACAGAGCUGUUAUUAGUGGUAAAUUUUCAAGCUGGACAACAGUGGUAACUGGGUCUGUUCUGGGGCUGCUUCUAUUCACCCUAUUUACAAAUGAUCUUGAAAUAGGCUUUGAAAUUAUUGAGCCAGUGUUUGGAUAUGACACAAAACUAGGAAUUCAAAAAAGAAAUACAUGGAAAAUGUGGUGCAAAUAUAGAUUAAGUUGUUUAUCUUUUCCAUCACUAGUGGCUGCUAUUUCCAUAAACUAGUAUCCUCUACUGAUUUAUAGAUUAUGGAAUCCUCUGCCUGUAGGGGUGGUUUUAUCAGAUUAUGUACACAAUUAUAAACAGUGACUGGAUGAAUUCUUGCAAAAACAUAAUAUUCAGAAAUAUAAUAUUUAAUGUAUGGGUUAACAGCCUCUUUUUGACUAGAUCUUAACAAGGACUUUGAAAGGAAGAGGUAAGGCGUAUAAAGGAAGGGUGAGCAUGUAAAGUGUGGGAGUCACUAGUUACACCCACAAAGAGUAUCGAAGAAAACUAGUGCACAAGUGAAACAGAACCUUAAUUCACCUUUACAUAGACUCUUUUGGCACAGUAAAAUUUAUAACACCAAAAAGAGGAGAUAAUUGAAAACCACAGUGCACACGCAGUGGAAUGGAUGGAAAUUCAAUGGAAAAUGGCCUUUCUUCGUGCAUAGACCUGUAAUGGAAAAAAAGAUAACUUGUUUCUUUUAAUGUGGUGGUAUCUAGUCAAUAAUUACAGACAAUGUAUACACAAAUAUGCUAUAAUAGAUAUGCUAAUUAUUUGUUAUAUUUUGUGAAGGGAUCCAGGUGAAUGGGCUUUGGAACGAGCAAAACAGAAUGUGAAUGAAAAUUUCUUACUUGUCGGAAUCCUAGAAGAGCUCGAAGAUGUAUUACUUUUGUUGGAAAGGUUCUUACCUCAUUAUUUCAAGGAUGUUAUGACGAUCUAUAAAAACCCAGGUGAAUUAAGACAGCAUGGUUUAUUCAUCUAA